AUAAUCAGUAGAGAAACGGAACGAUUAGUUGUUAGUAGCGUAAAUAACUAUUAGUCAAGUCUUUUCAGAAUAUUGCAAAUAGACAAACAAAAUAUUUUACUAAGCGGUUUUCUGUUUUCUCUUUUGACUAUAUAUUUUUUUUAAAUAUGUGAUAUUAUAUAAUGUUUCGUGGCAGAAGGAAUUGUGAAUAUGAACCUAUAAGGAACACUAGUUACUGUCAAGAACUUUUAAAUGAUAGUAAAGAUGAAACGAUUUGUAAAAUAUUUGGGUAUAUCGAAAAUAAUACAAAUACUCUUUUACAUUACUUAGUUAGUAUCUUACUUUUGGGUAUUCCUUAUUUAAUAAUUAAAAUAUAUCCAAAAUUGGGAACUGUAAAAUAUGAAAAAUGUGCCCUCGACAAAGCUACAAUUUUAUUAGCAUGUGGUAAUCACGGUCAAAUAUCAUUUAUAAAAAUUAAAAAUGAGGAGAUGCAACUUCCUCAUUUAGGAAGAGAUGUUAUAAAUGUAAGAUAUUUUAUUUAUCAACACACAAAGUAUGUAUGGAUAUCCGAACGACACCAGUAUGGAACUCUUGAUGAUUUAAUCCCCUUAGCAACAGUUGACGAAUACUUGACAGAUUUGAAUGGUUUACACGAGGAUGAUUAUCGAAAUAGGCUCCAACUGUAUGGGGAAAAUAAAAUCGAAGUGGAAGUUAAAUCGUAUUGGAGAUUAUUUGUUGAGGAGGUGUUCAACCCUUUUUAUAUGUUUCAAGCCUUUUCUGUAAUUUUAUGGUUAUUCGACGAUUAUGUUUCAUAUGCGCUCUGUGUUGUUGUUUUAACACUGUUUUCCAGUAUUACUUCAUUAAUACAAACCCGUAAACAAAGCCAAGCUCUGCACGACUUGGUAGUAUCCUCAAAAUGUGCCGAAGUAAAAGUAUUACGCCGCAACAUUAAUUCCAAAAACGUUACGGAACUUAUCGACCCAGUAGAUUUGGUUCCGGGUGAUUUAAUUGUUCUUCCUUCGGCAGAUUUUGUUAUGCCUUGCGACGCCGUAUUGCUUACGGGCCAAUGCAUUGUAAACGAAAGUGUUUUAACGGGAGAAAGCGUUCCCGUUACCAAGACCUCUCUUCAUCAUAGCCCGGAAAUGUAUCAUCCAGAUUUACACAAAAGACAUACGCUUUUCUCAGGGACCCACAUAUUGCAGACGCGAUUCUAUGACAGAGAGCUUGUGUUGGCUAGGGUAAUAAGGACGGGCUUUGACACUACCAAAGGAGCCUUAGUAAAAAGUAUUCUAUUCCCCGCUCCAGUGGGGCUGAAGUUCUACCGAGACAGUUUUAAGUUCAUUUUGUUCUUAUUCAUGGUGGCCGCUGUUGGAAUGAGCUAUUGCUUGUACUUGUAUAUUUCGAGGCAUGCCCAUGCUAAACAAAUUAUUCUACGUACACUGGAUAUAAUCACGAUAGUAGUACCGCCAGCUUUACCUGCCGCAAUGGCGGUUGGUACAGUUUACAGUCAAAAUCGACUUAAAAAAAUUGGAAUAUACUGCAUCAGCCCUCCUAGGAUAAAUAUCUGCGGAAAAGUUAAAUUGGCGUGCUUCGAUAAGACGGGGACUCUCACUGAAGAUGGUCUAGACAUGAAAUGCGUUGUACCAUGCACCAAUGCCCGGUUUUCUGAAGAAACGAUUGACAUAAAUAAUCUUGAUAUACAUAGUCCUUUGACUCAAGCGAUGGCCUCUUGUCAUUCAUUGACCAGAAUCGAUGGUGUGUUAAAUGGUGAUCCUUUAGAUCUAAACAUGUUUGAAUUCACGCAAUGGGAACUUGAAGAAUCUGGCGAGAAGGAGAAUAGUCGUUAUGACAUGCUGGCCCCUACAGUCGUAAGACCUUGUAGGGGACUUACUAAGCAGUUGCUGCAAAAAAACGAUUCAGAGAGCUCCUAUCAGAUUGGCAUACUGCGUCAAUUUACGUUUUCCUCCACACUUCAGUGCAUGUCUGUGAUAUGUCGCACCACCAUUAGCCCCAACAUGAUUGCAUUUACGAAAGGCGCCCCGGAGAAAAUUUACGGCAUGUGCCUUUCAGAAAUGCUACCCCCGGAUUUCAGUAUUAUUCUGUCCCAUUAUACGACUUGCGGAUACAGAGUCAUCGCCCUUGCCUAUAAGGAACUGUCAAAGAAGUGUAGCUGGAAGGAAAUUCAGAAAUGCAAACGAGACACGGUUGAGUGUGAUUUGCAUUUUCUGGGUCUCAUGAUAAUGCAAAAUCCUUUGAAGAAAGAAACGGCGCCAGUUAUACAAACUCUACACAAUGCUGGAAUUAGGACUGUGAUGAUUACAGGUGAUAAUAUACUAACUGCCGUAUCUGUUUCACGGGAUUGUGGAAUGGUAAAAAGCAAUGAAAAAAUUUUCAUUUUAAGUAUGGAAAAUUGUGAUGAUCUUAAUGUAGAUCCUACGUUUCAUUUAAGUGAAGCCGGAUCUGGCGGUUCGAAUGAGAACGUUAUUAUCAAUGUUGAAUCAAAUCCUUAUCAUUUUGCGAUCGAUGGGAGAACCUGGAACAAACUUAAGAGUUUCUAUCCACACUUGUUACCGCAUAUCCUGGUCAGAACCACGAUAUUUGCGAGAUUUCAGCCAGAUCAAAAGACGCAGGUGGUUUCAUACCUGCAGACUUUGAACUAUGUCGUCUCGAUGGUUGGCGAUGGAGCAAAUGACUGUGGGGCUUUAAAAGCUGCCCAUGUGGGGAUAUCUUUAUCUCAAGCCGAAGCUAGCGUAGCAGCUCCGUUUACCUCUUCCAUCGAAAACAUUUCCUGCCUUAUCCAUUUAAUUCUGGAGGGUCGGUGUGCCAUAAUUACCAGUUUCGCAAUUUUUAAAUAUAUGGCCAUGUACAGCUUGAUUCAGUUCUUUACCAUCCUUUUAUUAUACAGACACCAUUCUCUGUUGUCAGACCACCAGUUUUUAUUUAUCGAUUUAGUUAUUACUACUAGUCUCGCAGUUACAAUUGGCAGACAAGGUCCGGCAUCAUCGUUGGGCGCCAAACGACCGAUGAGCUCCCUGGUAGCAUCGAAAAAUGUAAUACCUCUAAUAUUACAGAUAGUAACUUGCGCUUUGAUGCAAGGCGGUGCCUUAUUCUACUUAUUCCAACAAGUAUGGUUUAAGCCAAUACCGAAUGACACCAUUGGAGAGGUUAUUUUAUCAUGGGAAAAUACAGUGUUGUUCACCGUGUCUUGUUAUCAGUAUAUUGUUUUAGCCACGGUGUACUCCAAAGGCAGGCCUUAUAGGCAAAUGCUGAUCACUAAUUUCUGGUUUUUAUUCUGCGCCUUAGUUUUAACAGUAUUUAUUACGAUAUUGAUGGUCCAACCCAAUAAGUUUCUGGCGGAAAUCAUGGAUAUCAUGUUUCUGCCGCACAGGGCACACGACCAAGAGAACUUCCGAUAUUCAUUGCUGGCUUUCCCAGUUUCCCACUUUGUUCUGGCCAUAUUUAUUGAGGUGGGGAUUGCAGAUAGCCAAUGGCUGAAGAAGAUUAUCCAGUGCCUUAAAUGUAAGCGUCAUCCAAAAAAUAAGUACAAAUUGUUACUGCAGGAAAGUAACGAGGAAUUUUUGCACAAUGUUUGCAAUAAUAGAAUUGUCCUGUGAGUGU